UCCUGUCAGCAGAGCAGGAUCUUUGCAGCAGUCUGCGGCCACAGCUCCCAGUAAGAAAGGGAUGAUGGGAGCCAGGCUGCGCUCAGCCUGACUGGGAGGGCUUUGGUUUCCCAGCUGACACCAGAAGGCCGCCACAGGAAGAAGCAGAACGGGAAGCGUCAUUGGAAGGAAUGAUCCUGGACGCCUCAUCGUGUCCUUGGAGCUGUGAUUAUAAGUGAGGGUCCAGAGAUCCUGCCCAGUUUCAUGCAGCCUGCAGGAUGGAACAAACGGGGUCGCCAUCCUCCGCCUACAACAGAAGAUGAUUGUUGUCUGACGCUAUCCGUUGGCUUUUUAUGAUUUAAGAGAAGUGUUGGAACAUUACAGCGUUUUCCUGAUCCCAGGAUGACGUCAUGAGGCGCUGCAGGGAAGCCGGGGAUUAGUCGACGUGUUGCAGAGCUGCUCCCUCUGCAGGAUGAACCAGGAGCUGCGGGCCCUGAUACAGUUCCUCCACAGAGACAGACAGACAGCCGUCUGAUACUGGAAGCUUCAGUCCUGGAUGGAGAUCAGUGAGAAUCGCUGAGCAGUUGGAACAUCGUGUCUGUGGGAUCUGCUCGCUCUGCUGGGAACGCCAGGGCAGGGAAUGCUGCUUCGCCCUGAUGGACUUCCUGCCCGCAGCACUCAGGGAAGACACUCAUCUUGAUUUUUAAAUCAGAACUUAUAGGGGAAAGGUCCUCUCCCCCCCACUCACCUCCGGUGGGGGGGAGGGUUGGGGAACUUCCUGUCUGAAGGUGUAGGCCUCAGGGCUGCAGGGUGUAGUUUAGCCAGUAGAUUAGACCUUUCUUUCAGCUCAUUUAGCUCCAGCGGGACCUAAGCGGACCAUCAGUGACCCUCCUUUAAAUCCUGCGCCGGUGCGUUCGGUCUCAGCCCGCCGUCAUGGAUGCCAGCCAGGCUCCGGGUGCAGGCAGUCCGGAGAGCCCGAACCGCGCUGUGGAGUACCUGCUAGAGCUCAACAACAUCAUCGAGAGCCAGCAGAAGCUUCUGGAAACGCAGCGGCGGCGAAUCGAGGAACUGGAGGUCCAACUGGACCGCCUCAGCCAGGAGAAUAAAGACCUGCGUUUGGACCGGCAGCCUGUUGCUCCUCCACCGCCCGCUCCUCCUCCCGAGCCUCCCCUCCCGCCUCCUCCCCCGCCUCCGCCUCCAGCUCACAGCACGGCAUCCAAGAACCAUCACCACCAUAACAGCCAGGCUCCGCCUCCGCCCCCCGCCUCCAUCACUCUCCACCACAGCCACCAGUCUCACCAUCACCCCCACCAGCAGCACCACCACCACCACCAUCACUCCUACAAUAGCAGCGCCGCGACUUCUCUUCCUGCUCGAGCGCCAUCAAACCCCGCCUCCAUCUAUGUUCCCACCCAGAUCCCAGCUCCAACCUCCCCCACCAGCCCAGCCCCACCCCCGCCGCCCCCUCCCAUCCCGCCCAGAGAUCAGCCGCGGGCCCACAGCCGGCUGACCCGAGCGCCCUCCACCAGCACCGGGACUAACACCAACUUUGUGGAGAAGGAGAAGGAGCGUCUGGAACGACUGCACAGAGCCAACGCUGCCAAUAACCACCAUGCCCACACCCUGCACCACCAAAAACCCGUGGAGGGAGACCCUCAGUGUCCAGAGGUCCUCAACUUCUCAGACUCGUCCUUUGGACAUCCUGCUCCCUUCCAUCGCUAUAGCAACAGCCCGCUCUGCAGCCCCUGUGACCCCUACGGUCCCACUUCCAGCAGCGGGCCCCUGGGAGCCUCUUACCCGCAGACACAGGGCAGCUCGCCGAUACCCCCCCCCAGCCCAGCUAGCCUUGCCUGGGCUCAGCGCAGCAGACAUCAGCCGGCCAGCCUGGCGCUCCGCAAGCAAGAGGAGGAGGAGAGCAAACGCUGCAAGGCGCUAUCUGACAGCUAUGAGCUCUCUACAGACCUCCAGGACAAGAAGGUGGAGAUGUUGGAAAGGAAGUAUGGCGGCCAGUUUGUGUCCCGGCGGGCAGCGAGGACGAUCCAGACGGCGUUCAGACGAUACCGCAUGAACAAGAAGUUUGAGAGGCUCCGCAGCUCGGCCUCAGAGAGCAGGAUGACCCGCCGCAUCAUCCUGUCCAACAUGAGACUGCAGUAUUCGUUUGAUGAGCGGCAGCCGCAGGGUCAGGGCUCACCCGGUCAGCAGGGCUCAGAGGACGCUGGAGACAUGGACGACUCUUUUUCCAAACAGGUAAAAUCUCUCGCUGACUCCAUGGACGACUCUCUCACCUGCCAGUCUGGCCGGGAAGACUCACAGGACGUCGGAGGAGAAGGAGAGGAGGACGAGGAUGAGGAGGGAGAUGAGGAUGAGGAAGAUGAGGAAGAAGAAGAGGAGGAGGAAGAUGAAGACGUGGAUUACAGGCAGUGUGGGUGGCACAGCACCAAUACAGCAUCCCGACGUGUGCCUGGCCGGGUGGAGGGAGGCAGAGGAGGCGUCGCCAUGCACGAGGACAGCACCGCCACCUCCUUCAGUGACGUCACCCUUUACAUGGACGAAGGCUGCCUCCCGUCCUCGCCACUGUCCCGUCCCGCCUCCAGCUCCGACACGGACUACUGGGGGGGAGGGAGAGGCGCAGGGGGGAGGGAGGACAGCAGAGAGACGGAGGCAGGCAGCAACGCCAGCCGGAGGAGCAGCACCCCCUGCACUGAGUGCAGAGGGGAGUACAGAGGGAGAGGAGGAGGAGGCGCGGGGGGAGGGGGACACCUGCCUGUCCUCACUAUUGAACCGCCCAGUGACAGUUCAGUGGACAUGAGUGACAGGUCGGAGCGGGGCUCUAUCGGGCGUUUGGUGUACGAGCAGGAGUCCUCAGGAGCAGAGCAAGGAGGAGAAAGGGGGAUAGGAGGGGAGGGUGAAAGUGGAGAGGAGGAGCUGGCGGGAGGGAGCAGCGAAGCCGAAUCUCUACAAGGAACCAUCAAACACAAACCGAACGGCCGCUCCGUGGCCAUGGCGCAGGGACAGACCCGCAGCCCCGCUAACGUCCCCCUGCCCAUGCCGUCGGCCAGGACGCUGCCGUCUCACCCGCUCCAACACUCACACCCCCACCCCUCAGCCGUCCCCCACCUUCCCACCAUCCUCCACCACCACCCCCAGUACAGCCAGCCGCACCUCAUGCACAUGCACCACGCCCACGGCGGCAGCCCCUACAUGCAGCAUCCACACCACUUCGCCCAGCACCACUACCACCCCCUGCACCACCAACACUUGGCCCACUCCUACCCAGAACCCCCUGCGUCUCCCCUGCCCUCCCCGGUUCCCCCCCUCACGCCUCUGUCCCCGCUGCCGCCGCCACUCACGCCCUCCCCCAUGUCCUCUUCCUCGGCGCUCCAGAACCUGGAGGGGCAGCAGCACCUCGUCCACCACCCCCACCUCCAUCACCAUCACCACCACCUGCUCUGCUCAGACGGAGACAAUGAGAGCGUCAACUCCACCACCACCAACUCCAACGACGACACCACCGUCAACAACUGCAGCUCGGGCUCGUCCUCCAGGGACAGCCUGCGGGAGCCCAUGGGAGGGGCCACGCUGGGGAAGCAGACCUACCAGAGGGAGAGCCGCCACAGCUGGGACUCGCCCGCCUUCAACAACGACGUGGUGCAGAGGCGGCAGUACCGCAUCGGACUCAACCUGUUCAACAAGAAGCCAGAGAAGGGCAUCCAGUACCUGAUCGAGAAGGGCUUCGUGUCGGACACUCCGGUGGGCAUCGCCAGGUUCAUCCUGGAGCGGAAAGGCCUGAGCAGGCAGAUGAUCGGGGAGUUCCUGGGCAGCCGGCAGCAGUUCAACAAGGACGUCCUGGACUGCGUCCUGGAUGAGAUGGACUUCUCUGGGAUGGAUCUGGAUGAAGCUCUGAGGAAGUUCCAGGCUCAGAUCAAAGUCCAGGGCGAAGCUCAGCGGGUGGAGCGGCUGGUGGAGGCCUUCAGUCAGAGAUACUGCGUCUGCAACCCGGUGCUGAUCCGGCAGUUCCAGAACCCAGACACCAUCUUCAUCCUGGCCUUCGCCAUCAUCCUCCUCAACACUGACAUGUACAGCCCCAACGUGAAGGCCGAGAGGAAGAUGAAGCUGGAGGACUUCAUCAAGAACCUGAGGGGUGUGGAUAACGGUCAGGACAUCCCCAGAGACCUGCUGGUGGCCAUCUACGGACGGAUCCAGAAGUGGGAGCUGAGGACCAAUGAUGACCACGUGUCUCAGGUCCAGGCAGUGGAGAGGAUGGUUGUCGGCAAGAAACCAGUUCUGUCGCUGCCGCACCGCAGGCUGGUGUGCUGCUGUCAGCUGUUCGAGGUUCCAGAUCCAAACCGAGCUCAGAGGAGCGGCGUCCACCAGAGAGAAGUCUUCCUGUUCAAUGACCUGCUCAUGGUAACGAAGAUCUUCCAGAAGAAGAAGACGUCGGUGACGUACAGUUUCAGGCAGUCGUUUCCUCUGCUCGACAUGCAGGUCCACACCUUCCAGAACACCUACUACCCUCAUGGUAUCCGGCUGACGUCAGCAAAUCCAGGAGGAGAGAGGAAGGUGUUGAUCAUCUUCACAGCGCCAAGUCAGCAGGACCGAGCCCGAUUCACGUCCGACCUGCGAGAGAGCAUCACAGAGGUGCAGGAGAUGGAGAAGUACCGGGUGGAGUCUGAACUGGAGAAGCAGAAAGGCAUGAUGCGUCCUGGAAUGCUGGCGGGAUCAGGAGGGAUGGGGAUGUCAGGGAGCGGGACCAACUCUGCAGGAGGAACCAUGAAGGGUGAGGUGGUGAACGGCACCCUGGGAAGGCCAAGCCUCGAUGACACAUAUGCCUCAGUGGACGGACUCAAGCGCACGGCGCUCAGCUCCUCCCUCAGAGAUCUCUCAGAGACGGGGAAGCGAGGUCGUAGGAACAGUGUGGGCUCAUUGGACAGUACCAUUGAAGGUUCCAUCAUUAGCAGUCCACGGCCUCACCAGCAGCGCCCCCUGCAGGGAGCCAAUCUGUCCUACAGCCCCAUAAUGGUUCCUUCGUCUCCAGCAGCCUACCGGCCACACCGCCCUACUCAGAGCCCCGGUACAGGGGUGGGGGGUGGGCCGGGGCUCUGUCACAACCAGAGAGGGGUCGCUACGUCCCCUCUCGUGAGCGGGGUAGGGGCUGGGGGCGGCGGAGGGAUAGUGGGGGUUGGCGGACAGAUUCCAGGAGCCCGAAUGGGGAAUUUCUUCGGCAGCCGAAGAGGCAAAGUUCCUGGUCCCCUGACGAUGAUGUCACCACCUCCUCAGGGUCCACCCAGUCCUCUGAUGAUAUCCUCACCCCCCCACUACCCUGCCCCCGCGCCUCCCAUCGCCCUCCCCUCCUCCCCUUCCCCAUGCCCCUCCCCAUCUCCCAACCUCGGCUCGUCGGAAUCGGCCGGAGCUGGAGGGGGAGGAGGUCCGGGAGGGGGACCGUCCAAGCUCCAGGUUCUGCACGCCCAGUAUUGCCACGGCAACAGUGGAGGAGGCGUAGUCAGUGGCCACCAGCAGCAGCAGACUCCGCCGCCCCCCUACCAUCACCAUCACCGCUACCACAUGCAGCACCACCCCCUGUCCCACCGCUUCUCCGCCCCCCCGCGGCCCGGGUGCGCUCCUGCUCACACCCAGCCCCAUCAGAGGCUGCAUCAAGGCUCUGCCCAGCACCCGCGCUACAACAUGGCGUCCGGAUUCACCACCCCUCCGCCGUUGUCCCCUCACUCCCCCGUUACCCCGACUACGCCACAUGGACUCUACCAUCCGGGCCGACCAGCCGGAGGCUCCAAGCUGCCUCUGACCAUCUCGCACUCCCAGCCCCACCCUCACUCUCACACACACUCUCACAACCAUGCCGUUCACACACACUCCCCGCUCAGCCCGUCCCCCUCCGCCACAGGCUCCACCCACUUCGUCUUCUCCACCCCGCCACCUCAGACUCCCUCAGCGCGCCUCCUCACCCAGACGCCCCCACAGCCCUACACGCCCCAGUACCCGCCCCUGUCAUCUAUACCGCCUCCCCCUCCGCACUCCCCCUUACCUCCCCCGUCGUCCGCCCCGCUCUCCCCACACCCGCCGGGGGUCGGGCAGGGGGCAGGUCCCAAAUCAAAGCCCGUCAGCCGCAUCAGCACAGUCGUGUGAAGAGACAGAGACCGAGGACAGUGGUGCUCAAUCCUGCUGUGAGCCGCCAGGGGGCGAUAUUGAGACUGAGCGCGAGAGGUAGGAGGGGAGGAAGAGUGGGAGGACAGAUGCAGGCGUUUCCAAGCGGCCGCCUGGCGAGAAGGAGAGCUUUAAGAGCGGGGAAGAGGAAGUUACUGAGCCUGUGUUAUUUUCACAUCGACUUCCCCCGCAGGUAGACAGCUGUUAGCGGGAACCCCCCCCCAGUCCUCGCCCCCACUGAUGCUGCCCAUGAGGUGAACUGGGAAUCAAGCGGACAUUUUUGUAGUUCUUCACUGACAGUGUUUGUCUCUUUAGCGAGUACCUGUUAACGUUUCCGUGUGGCUGUGGUGGACAACGGCUGAGGAACCAGUCAGGCAGGUACCGUUACCUGAAAACCAAGCAUGAAGGUAUGUGGGCGGAGCUUUAGGGACAGUUUGGGUUUUUCUGAGAGUAGAAGUAGUCCAAACAUAACAGUAGUUGUUCACCAUGCUGUUCAGCACAAAAUUAAACUAUUUCUUGACAUUAAUAAGCCAUGAGGUAGAAGCAGGUGUGUUUGUCAUUACUAUGGUGGAGUCUGUGUCUUAGACAGGUGUGCAUGACCUGUGCAAUAGCUAACGAUUACCCGUGUGUUUAUGGUUGGUGUCUAAUGAGCAGGGAUAGACGUGUGGUGAUGCAAAGCCCCGAUCCAGCGUUUGGUUUCAGCUGGAGGAGAGAAGCUGCCUGGACGCUUUGCUCUGAGGACCAUAAACUUCCUAAAAGCUUUAAAUAAGCCAUUGAAACACAAACUCCAGGUGUCUUCGUUUUUGUUCUGCAAAAACUACUCAAA